GCCAAUCUCGACCUGGCGGCGGCGGCGGCAUCUGUGACGGCAACAACGGCGGGGAGGGAGCGGUGCCGUCUCAUCGACGAGGAAAGAGCAUGAAACCGCAAUCGCAACUCGAUGAAAGCUGCGCCAUGCGGUUGAUCGGGUUAUGGGUUUUGAAGGAACAAUUUCUCCAGCAGUUGGGGGUAACGUGGAAUCAGGAACAGGGGCCGGAUUAUGCCUUUAGCAUAUCCGUUUUGGGGAGGUUAGUGGGGCUGGAUUUGUUGCUGCAGCAUCAGCAGCGUGACCGAGGUGGAAAUCUUUUCAGUCCUGCGUGCGGCAUAGAUGCCUGCACGAUACUCUCUUUCUCUCUCUCUUGCUCGCUCACUCCGUUGUUGUUGUUGUUGUUGUUUGGUGAUUGUCAGCUCGCGGGAGGAUGACCAUGACAACGGUCGAUUUUUGGAUUCUCUGGUGAUGAGCGUCAGCGAAUUUUUAGUGUUGGAUAUUAAGGAAGAGUUCUCGUGUUUAGGACUCUGGAGUUGGCAGAACUGAGGCCGUGCCUGUGGGUCUGCAGUUGGGAAACUCUUCACGGGUUGUAGUUGUGCAGGAACGUGCUGUGCUGUGCUGCUGUAUUUUGUAACUUUUGCUCUGAUGGUUUGAAAUAGACAAAGCAGUAUUGGAGAGGCACACUGUUAGUUGCUAAGCAGGGUCGUGGAGGCGGAAGGCAUUGGAAGAAGAGCAUGUGAAUGUUUUGGAAGGAGAGUCGUCUGCAAUGAGGUUCAUGAGAUGGGAGACGGUUGCAUUGGCACCAAUGUGGGUGCUUUUGGUCGUCAGCCUUGGGGCGUCCGCUGUUGAGCGGAAAUGCAUUCCAACCACAUUAGAAGGGCCGUUCAAGCCCCAGACGAAGAAAUUUGAUCCCAGUUUGCGGUCUGGAAGCGAUGAUUUGCCCAUGUACGAUCCACGGGUUGUCAAGCGCGUGCCCGCCAUUUACCCUGAGCAGAUCACUCUGGCUUUGUCUACACCCGAUGCUAUGUGGGUCUCUUGGAUCUCUGGGGAUUGGCAGAUGGGCCCGAAAGUGUCGCCACUGGACCCGACCACUGUGAAGAGUGUUGUAGAGUUUGGUACUAGAUCUGGACGUUACACCCAGUCCGCGACUGGAACGUCUGAAGUAUACAGCCAAAUAUACCCAUUUGGAGGUCUACUCAAUUAUACUUCCGGCAUCAUUCAUCAUGUCCGCAUUACUGGAUUGAAACCUGAAACGACAUACUACUACAAAUGUGGUGAUCCAACGUUGUCUGCCAUGAGUGGUGAACAUUCAUUUAAGACUCUGCCAGCACCAGGACCUUCUAGUUACCCAACUCGAAUUGCCAUAAUUGGAGACCUCGGUCUAACGUACAACUCCACGUCAACUGUUGAUCAUAUGCGGGCAAACAAUCCUGAUCUUGUUCUCCUGAUUGGAGACCUGUCAUAUGCAAACUUGUACAUCACCAACGGAACAGGCACUAAUGACUACGGCCAAACCUUUGGGAAAAUCACUCCCAUACAUGAGACUUAUCAACCUCGUUGGGAUAUGUGGCAGAGAAUGAUUGAGCCCGUAACUUCGGCUGUUCCUUUCAUGGUCAUAGAAGGUAACCAUGAGUAUGAAUUACAAAUCAACAACGAAAGCUUUGUGUCCUACAAAGCGAGGUUUGCGGUUCCUCAAGAAGAGAGUAAAUCGGGUACCAGUAUGUACUACUCUUUUGAUGCAGGUGGCAUCCAUUUCGUCAUGCUCGGAGCCUAUGUUGAUUACAACAGAAGCAGUGAGCAAUAUCGGUGGCUAGGGGAAGAUCUAAUGAAGGUGGAUCGGAGUGUUACACCAUGGGUUAUUGCAACAACCCACCCUCCGUGGUAUAAUAGCUACAGAUCACACUAUCGAGAGGCUGAAUGUAUGCGACAAUCUAUGGAAGAUUUGUUGUACAUACAUGGGGUGGAUGUCAUGCUUCACGGUCAUGUGCAUGCUUACGAACGAAUCAACCGUGUAUACGAUUACAAGUAUGACCCAUGUGGCCCACUGUACAUCUCAGUUGGAGAUGGUGGCAACGCUGAGAGGUUGGCUCUAUUGCAUGCAGAUGACGAGGAUGGAUGUCCUGAUCCAAUGAAAUCUCUAGACAAGAAUUUUGCAAAUUUAAGUGGUUAUUGUGGCUUCAACUUUACCAACGGCAAGUUCUGCUGGGACAAGCAACCUGCCUGGAGUGCUUUCCGUGAUAGCAGCUUUGGACACGGAAUCAUAGAGGUGAAAAAUAGCACACACUUGCUAUGGACGUGGCAUCGAAACCAAGACCACUAUGACGAGGUCGUGGGUGAUCAAAUUUACAUAGUGCGCCAGCCUCAAGUUUGUGCUAACCAAAAUAGUAAAAACAUGCCUAAGAGAACACCUUACUACAGCGGGGGCAAUGAUCCCAGACGUUUGUAGUCACUAAAGCAGUGAUCUUUAUCAUUUUUCUGUGAUCCAGUUUGCUUAGUUAACUGGUGAGUUAAAUUCUCUCCAGUCGAACGGAAUGGCGGUAAUUAGAUAUUUUGAAGGCUCAACUGAAAGCCAGAAACAGCAUCCCUUCCAUUAUGUAUAUUACAAACCAAUAUUUUCUUCAAAUGAGAAUUUUCAGAAACCUAGGUUUUCAGAAGGUUUCACCCAGUUUUGGAAAAUCUUUCACUAGAUUUGACUCAUUGAGUUUCUGCAUCAAUGAUUGAGUUGUACUUUGACAGCUACAUUAAAGAUGUAUUUUCAGUGACACUUUUCAACAUC